UCCAUUUUGGCUACUUAAUUCGGAGCAAUUCGGAGCAAAAACAAAAUAAAUAAAAAAAAAAACAAAAAAAACAAAACGUCAGUGCAUUUGCAAUUUGCAUCAAUCAUCAUUAACUAGAAAAAUGACAUAAAAAAAUAUUUAAAUAAAAAAAAUAGAUGUGCAAUUUAACAAUUAAUAUGGACCAAUAAAUUAACAAGAAAUUAUGUUUUUUAUUUUAUAAGAUAUUUGCAUUUAAAUAAGUUUAAUAAUUUAUUGAUUGAUUGGUAAAAUUAAUUUAUAAAAAUGGAAACAACUAUGCAAGAAAUUCCUUGUGGUAAUUGUAUUUUUUAUAAUAAUUUUGACUCUGCAAAUUUAGCUAAAGUUGAACCAGUCAAACAGCUUGAUACAACAAAAGGUGAUGGUAAAAGUCCAAAAACAAAUGACAAUACACCAGAUUAUGAAUUUAACAUUUGGACAAAACAUGAUUGUCAAGGAACUGAAUAUCAAAAUACAAAUAGAACAUGGUUUUAUUUUGGUAUCAAAACACCAACAGCUGGUUCAUUAGUUAAAUUAAAUAUUUUAAAUCUCAAUAAACAAUCUAAAAUGUUUAGUCAAGGAAUGUGUCCAGUGAUUAAAGUUGUACCUGGACAACAAAAUUGGGAGAGAAUACGUGAUAAACCAUCAUACAAUAUGGAUCAAAAAGGUAGUGAAUUUACAUUAUCAUUUACAAUAAAAACAACUGAUAAUUUAAAAGCAAUAACAUUUCUCGCUUUUACAUAUCCAUUUACAUAUACUGAGCUACAAAAUUAUUUAAAUAAUAUCGAUACAAAAAUAAUACAAGAUUCUAAUAAUACUAUUAAAAAUUCUGACAGUAUUUAUUAUCAUCGUGAAUGUGCAAUUAAGUCUCUAGAAGACAGAAGACUUGAUGUUAUAACAAUAAGUUCACAUCAUAAUAUAACAACUGAGUAUGAAGAUGAUUUAAAUGGACUAUAUCCUUUAAAAAAUGAAAAAAGAUCUUUAAAAUUUAAUGGUAAACGUAUUGUAUUUAUAAGUGCACGUGUACAUCCUGGUGAAACACCAUCAAGUUUUGUAUUUAAUGGUUUUUUAAAUUUUUUACUUAAUAAUGAUGAUCAAAUUGCUAUUCUAUUACGACGUAUUUAUGUAUUUAAAUUAAUACCAAUGCUUAAUCCUGAUGGUGUUGCACGUGGACAUUAUAGAAUGGAUACAAGAGGUGUUAAUUUAAAUAGAGUUUAUCUUGAUCCAUCACCAAUUGAUCAUCCAACAAUAUUUGCUGCUCGUAAUCUCAUCAGAUAUUAUCAUAAUUUUUAUCAAGUUAUUGAAGAUGUUAAAAAUGUAUCAAUGGAUAUUAAAGUUAAUGAAAAUGAUAAUGAAAAAAUUCAAGAAUCAAAUGGAAUUUGUAGUCAGUCAUUAGAUAAUAAUGUUGAUGAUGAAAAUAUUGAUGAUUCUUGUUGUUAUAAAAAUAUUUCAACAAUUGUUGGUGUUGAUAAUAAUUGUAAAAAAAAUUCUGAAGAUUCUGGUAUAUAUCUUUAUGUUGAUCUUCAUGGACAUGCAUCAAAAAAAGGUGUAUUUAUGUAUGGAAACUAUUUUGAUGAUCCAGAUGAUACAAUAAUGUGUAUGUUACUGCCAAAAUUAAUGUCAAUAAAUAAUUCAAAUUUUCAUUUUACAUCAUGUAAUUUUGCUGAAAGAAAUAUGUAUCUCAUUGAUAAAAGAGAUGGAAUGUCAAGAGAAGGUUCAGGACGUGUUGCUGUUUAUAAAAUGACUGGUUUAAUACGUAGUUAUACACUUGAGUGUAAUUAUAAUUCUGGUAGACUUGUUAACAAUGUACCAGCAAGAGUUAGAGAUGGUAUAGCUAAACUUCAAAGUCACAUGUUUGUACCACCAAAAUAUACACCAACUGUAUUUGAAGAAGUUGGUGCUGCAUUGGGUCCUUCAAUUCUUGAUAUGACAAAUAGCAAUCCAAACAGUCGUUUGCCUAACAGUCAAUAUCGAUCAUUGAGAGGUGUUAAAUCAUACUUAAAAUUAACAUAUGUCAAUAGUUUAACUGGCAGCAUCAGCAGACCACGUCUCAAGCCUAUGUCGAAUGCUGAUAAUUUGGGAAUAUUAAAAGAAGCAACAAAUUCAGAAGAAUACAUAAAUGUCAUAAAUAAUUCAUCAAUAAAUCAAGAUACACCAAAAAAAAAAUUAUCAUUAAAGAAAAAAAUGCAAAAUACUGUUGCACUUUAUACUGCUGUUAAACGUAUUAAAAGUGGACGUAAACAAAUACAACAAUUAAGUGAUAAUCGUAAGUCAAUAAAUAAUCAACGUAUUAAUAAAAAUAUUGAUAAUAACAAGAUAAUUAAAAAUAUUAAAAAUUCACAAUGGAAAAUAAAGCCAACGUUACAGAAAAAUUGUCAGAAAUUGGAAAAACAACAGAUGAAAAUAACAUCGAAAUCACAACAAUCAAUAGAAAAAACAAAUUUAAUAAAACAGAAUACAAAGAGAUUGAAAAUAUCACAAAAAAUAAUGAAACCGGAAAUUGGAGAAUCAUCAAAGACAAUGAGCAACGAGGAAUUAUUGAAAAAACGAACGAAAUCACUGAUAUUUCCAAAAUUAAAAAAACAAAUAGUAAAGAAAGACAAACAAAUCUAAUUCCUAAUCAAUGGGAAAAUUUAAAUGUUCCUAUUUUUCUUCAGUGUGUCAUUAUUUAAUAUUUUUUUUUAUAUUAAAAUAUGAUUCAUCAAGUUUUUUUUUUUCAUCCAACUAACUCUAAAUUUCUAAUUAAAAUUAUUUAUAAUUUUUUUUAUUUUUUAACAAAACAAAUAAUAAUUUUAAUUAUCUAUUUUUUGUUUUAGAAUUUUUCUUUGGUUGUUAAAAAUUUAAAAAUAUUAUGAGUGAUUAUUUCUGUGAUAACAAAAUCAUGGUAUAUUAUUGACUAAUAAUUAAAAUUAUCAUAAAUAAUUAAAUUACAGUAUAAAAAAAAAUAUUUAAAAUUACAAAAAUUUAAAAAAACAAUUUUUAAACGUGCAAUGUUAUAAUUUUAUCUUAAUAUAUAAUAUAUAAAAUAUUUAAUUGAUAAUCAUUUAAAUUGAUUUAAAAUCAAUACAGUUAUUCGAAAUUUAAAUUCGAAAUACUUGAAAUUAGCUAAAAAAAAAAUGAGAAUAAAAUAAAAUGUUAAAUAAUAAUUUUUGACUAGCUCAAGAAUUUAAAUAAAUUAAAUUAAUAAAUUAUCAUAUGAUCUUGGAAAAAGAAAUGAAAAAAAAAUCUUAAAAAGUGAA